AUGCCUGCCUGCCCGUAUACGGACCUUGAGCGCAACUGGCGAGACCUUCGCCGGUCGACCUUCGGCGCCGGAGGCCGCGGCGCACCGUCGACGCGCUUGCACCGCGGUAUCGCAUCAGCAGGCCGCUAUCGCAAUGUCGCAACUUUGCCCGUUGACGGUAUCGGUCGCGUGGAGAACGUGCGCGUCGCGUCGCAAUCCGCUCGUCUAGAUCGUCCGGGGCGCGGACCGCUGCCGUACGCAGCGGACGGUGUCCGAUUUGAAAUAUCUUCUACGCAG